AGUUUCAGCUGAUAGUUCGAGCACCACAGAAAUACAAAAUGAUUGGAAAAGUAUCGUUCCUCCUUUUCUUAUCCUGUGCUGCAGCAGUUCCUCUUUUUGAGGCUUCAGCUCAAUCAUACUCCACACAAACAAAACACACAACAGUUCACACCGGGGCUGCUUUAGUCAGUCAUGUAGCUCCUGUGACUGCAAUUCAAGCUCCAGCCAACUCCUACUCUACAGUUACUUUUGGACACUCUGCUGUGCAUGCUGCUCCAGCCAUAGCAUACUCUGCUCCAGUUGUGCAUCACGCUCAAGUUUACCAAUCUGCUCCAAUCGUUCAUGCUGCUCCUCUAGUCCACACUGCCCCUAUUGUCCAUACUGCUCCUCUAGUCCAUACUGCUCCUAUUGUCCACUCUGCUCCUCUCCUCCACACAGCCGUCCAUUCCGUUCCAGUAGUCAAAUACGAACAGGAACAAUAUGCUCCAGCCAAUUACCAAUACAAAUAUGGAGUUGAGGACCACCACACCGGUGACAUCAAGUCUCAUGAAGAAUCUCGUGAAGGUGACCUAGUCAAGGGUUCCUACUCCCUCCACGAAGCUGAUGGUACCAUCAGGACGGUACGUUACACCGCUGAUAAGAACGGUUUCAACGCUGAUGUGCAAAAAUCCGGACAUGCUGUAGUCAGUCAUGCUGUUCCAACUAAUACUUUAGUUGGUGUAUUGCACCAUUGA